GCUCGUCCGGGACCCCGCAGCCCGCAGCCAUGGCACCCGGCCAGCUCGCCUUAUUUAGUGUCUCUGACAAAACGGGCCUCGUGGAAUUUGCCAGAAACCUAACUUCUGUUGGUUUGAAUUUGAUCGCUUCUGGAGGGACUGCAAAAGCUCUCAGGGAUGCAGGUCUGGCAGUCAGAGAUGUCUCCGAGCUGACAGGAUUUCCUGAAAUGUUAGGGGGGCGUGUGAAAACCUUGCAUCCUGCAGUCCAUGCUGGAAUCUUGGCUCGUAAUAUCCCAGAAGAUAAUGCUGACAUGGCUAGACUUGAUUUCGAUCUUAUCAGGGUUGUCGUCUGUAAUCUGUAUCCCUUUGUGAAGACAGUGGCUUCUCCAGAUGUAACUGUUGAACAGGCUGUUGAGCAGAUUGAUAUUGGUGGAGUAACCCUCCUGAGAGCAGCAGCCAAAAACCACGCUCGAGUAACAGUAGUAUGUGAACCUGAGGACUAUGUGGCCGUUUGCACAGAGAUGCAGAACUCCGACAGUAAAGACACCUCCUUGGAGACUAGACGCCAGUUAGCCUUGAAGGCUUUCACUCAUACAGCACAAUAUGAUGAAGCGAUUUCAGAUUACUUCAGGAAACAGUAUAGUAAAGGAAUAUCUCAGAUGCCCUUGAGGUAUGGAAUGAAUCCUCACCAAACUCCUGCCCAGUUAUAUACGCUGAAGCCCAAGCUUCCCAUCACAGUUCUAAAUGGAGCCCCUGGAUUUAUAAACUUGUGUGAUGCUUUGAAUGCCUGGCAGCUGGUGAAGGAACUCAGAGAAGCUUUAGACCUUCCUGCUGCUGCCUCUUUCAAACAUGUCAGCCCAGCAGGUAAAGCACUGCUUUCUGAAUGGGCUGAUAGGAUGUCUUCAUUUGGUGACUUUAUCGCAUUAUCUGAUAUUUGUGAUGUCCCUACUGCCAAAAUUAUCUCCAGAGAGGUAUCUGAUGGUAUCGUCGCCCCAGGAUAUGAAGACGAAGCUUUGAAAAUACUUUCUAAAAAGAAAAACGGGAGCUACUGUGUUCUUCAGAUGGACCCAUCUUACAGUCCAGAUGAAAACGAAGUUCGAACUCUCUUUGGUCUUCGUUUAAGUCAGAAGAGAAAUAAUGGUGUCAUUGACAAGUCAUUGUUUAGCAAUGUUGUGACCAAGAAUAAAGAUUUGCCAGAGUCUGCGCUCAGAGACCUCAUUGUAGCCACCAUUGCUGUGAAGUACACGCAGUCUAACUCCGUGUGCUAUGCCAAGAAUGGUCAGGUUAUUGGCAUUGGAGCAGGACAGCAGUCUCGAAUACACUGCACACGCCUUGCAGGGGAUAAGGCGAACUACUGGUGGCUUAGACAUCAUCCACAAGUGCUUUCAAUGAAGUUUAAAACUGGAGUGAAGAGAGCAGAAAUCUCCAAUGCCAUUGAUCAGUAUGUUACUGGAACCAUUGGUGAGGAUGAAGAUUUGGUAAAGUGGAAGGCAUUGUUUGAGGAAGUCCCUGAACUGCUAACUGAAGCAGAGAAGAAAGAAUGGGUUGACAAACUUAAUGAAGUUUCUAUCAGCUCUGAUGCCUUCUUUCCUUUCAGAGAUAACGUAGACAGAGCUAAAAGGAGCGGCGUGGCAUACAUUGCUGCUCCUUCUGGUUCUGCUGCCGACAGAGUUGUGAUAGAGGCUUGUGAUGAACUGGGAAUAAUUCUCGCUCAUACGAAUCUUCGGCUCUUUCAUCACUGA